ACAAUCGACUUUCUUUGGAGUAAAGAAAGAAUGCAGCUCUGAUGAACCACUGAAAUCGAAUGGCCGGAUGGCGUCUGUGACUCCGAACAACAUUAAAUCGGCUGAUGUAUUCGAGGUCAAACGGAAAAGCGACAUCAAACAAGAGCCAGUGUCUGUUGGUGAAUUGGUUGACGUUUCGGUAUCGACUCAUCGUAAUACGGUACAUGUUCCUAGUUUCGAUGAACGUGACGCUGAAUACGAUUUUGAUAAGUUGAGUUUGGACGAAGCUAAGGCCGAGGUGAAGAACGAAUGUGACGAAAAGAAAGAAGAGAAGUCGAAGACAAGUACUGACAACGGGAAGCAAGCGAUGGUUGACCAACAAGACCGACAGCCGCCUUCACAGAAUAGAGAAGAUUUACGCACGCCUGAAAGUGACAAUGAGGUACACAACACACAGCAACGAGGUGGUAAAGCUCAUGGAAACACAUCAAAGCCACACAAAUGUGAGUUUUGUGAAUAUUCCGCUCAAUAUAAGUGCCUUUUGAAUCGGCACAUGUUGAAACACACUGGCGAGAAGCCACACGGAUGCACCCUUUGCCCGAAACGUUUCACAAAUAAUCGAAGUCUCCGUGCUCAUAUGAAAGUGCACGUCGAAGAGUAUUUGUUCCAUUGCUCAGGCUGCUUGCAAGGAUUCGAUGGAAAGGAAGAGAAGACAGAACACGAAGCUAAUUGCAAAGUUGUCCGCUGUGAAUGUUAUUUGUGCAAGGAUUCGUUUGGUUCAUUCAAGACACAGAUGGUGAAACACAUGCGCGUACACAGUGGUGACAAACUGUUCGAAU